AUGGAAACGCGGAGCCGGAAGAGGGCGGAAGCCUCCUCUUCGUCGGCGCCGGCGCCUCAGUCGCCGGCCACCCGCGCUUCCAAGCGGGCCCGCACCGCCCCUUCGUCGGCGCCAGUGCCCGCUUCCACCGUCACCACCCGUGCCCGUUCACAAGGCAUCUCUGUCCCCGCCGCGGGGUCUGCUGCUCCGUCCGGCGGCGGCGGCGCCGCCGCCGCCGCUCCGGUGGCAAUGGAGUCUACGGAAUCAUUGGGCCGACGGCGGAGCUCGGCGAAGAACCCUCAGACGGAGCGAGAUAAAGGGUCCUCAGGCAAGGGGAAGGAGAAGGAGGCGGAGGGAUCCAGAGAGAGGGAGGAGGACGCGGAGAGAAUUUUGGGGUUGAACAUGGACAGUGGAGGAGGAGAAGAGGACGAUGAUAGUGAAGACGGCGGCGGAAUGCUUCACCAUAGCCUGUCCUUCUCUGCCAGUAGCGCUCUGCAGGGGCUGCUGCGGAAGUUGGGUGCUGGGCUCGAUGACCUCUUGCCUUCCUCGACCAUUUCUGGGUCGUCCCAUCAAAGUGGCCGGCUGAAGAAGAUCCUCUCAGGUUUGAGGGCCGAUGAUGAAGAGGGACGACAGGUAGAAGCGCUGACUCAGCUUUGUAAUAUGCUGUCUAUCGGGCCUCGAGAGUCCCUGGGCUGUUUCUGCGUUGACUCCUUCGUUCCUGUGCUCGUUGGGCUGCUGAACCACGAAAACAACCCCGAUGUCAUGCUUCUUGCUGCAAGGGCCCUCACAUAUCUCUGUGAUAUCCUUCCCUCAUCUUGCUCUGCCGUCGUGCACUAUGGUGCCGUCUCAUCUUUCUGCGCCAGGCUUCUCACCAUUGAGUAUAUGGACUUGGCUGAACAGGUGCGUAUUCUAGUACCAUAUCCACAUAAUGGGUACAAAAAGAUGACAAUAAUGUGAGGAAUUCAUCAGUUCCAUGGUAGUUAUUUUUCUUGUUCUAGCUGAAUGAUUUGCAUAGUAAGGCUCUGAUGAUAUCAAAGUAUCCUAGUUUAGCUAAAUAAUUCGCAUAGUAUUUAGUGAGGCAGCUGAACUCAAAUCAGGUAGAAGUAAAUGGAUCUCUGUCUGAGAAGCUUUCCGUGCUGUUCAACUGUCGCAUUUCAUGUUUUAUCUAUAUCCUAUAAAAAGAAGAAAAAUACACCCCUCUCUCUCUCUCUCUCUCUCUCACCACCCCUAAGUGGAGGAUUUUGAUCAAUCCAUCUGUUGACAAUAUCUGAUGCAGUCUUUGCAAGCUUUAAAGAAGAUAUCACAAGAGCACCCAACUGCUUGCUUGCGUGCUGGUGCACUCAUGGCAGUUCUCUCCUACCUGGAUUUUUUUCCCACUGGUGUGCAGGUGAAUCCCAUUUCUGUUUGACUUUUAAUUUUUGUCUGCAAUCAUGAUGGGUUUACUGGAUCCGGGCCUGAAAAGAUUUCCUUUUCUCUGGUUUUCUCAGAGGGUGGCAUUAUCAACGGCUGCAAAUAUGUGCAAGAAAUUGCCACCUGAUGCGGCUGACUUUGUGAUGGAAGCUGUCCCCUUACUUAUGAACCUUCUUCUUUACCAUGAUUCAAAGGUGAGGUAACCUUAGAGCAGUAAAACUGAAUGUCCUAUCCACACUUUAGUCUGGUGUAGCUCAAAUUUUCUUUGACAAUUCCUAAUUUUUUUUUGUUUAUGUUGAUCUAUGAAGAGGCUGUUCUCUCAUCUUUGAUUUCCCCUUCCAAAAUGGAAUUAAUAUCAGGUGCUAGAGCAUGCAUCUGUUUGCUUGACUCGCAUUGCAGAGGCUUUUUCUUCAUCUCCGGAAAAAUUGGAUGAGCUCUGCAAUCAUGGGUUGGUCACAAAAGCUGCCAGUCUUAUAUCCGUUAGUAACUCAGGGGGUGGCCAGACUACACUUAGCACGCCCACUUACACUGUAAGAGACGAAUAGUCGUGCCCAAUUUGUUUUAUCUUCAUUUGAGCUGUUGAUUCCGAUGCAAGCUUUUUAGGGUUUGAUGCGUCUUCUAUCAACCUGUGCAAGUGGGUCUCCAUUGGGAGCAAAGACCCUUCUUCUUCUUGGAAUUAGUGGCAUUCUAAAGGACAUCCUUUCACGAUCUGGUCUCAUUGCUAACAUUUCUGCAUCAAUUUCCUCAACAAGACCCCCAGAGCAGGUAAGUUGUUUUGGAUUAUUCCCUACACGGGUCUAGGUUGUUGACUUUUUUGUUGAUGUCUUGAUACUGCUAGCGGUAAAGGUUUUUUUUUAAAAAAAAUAAUUGGUUACUACUAUUACUCGUUUGCAUGUUCUACAGCUUUUUGCUUAUGGAAUGCUAUGCUUAACGAUUGAAAUACGACUAUGUUGCUAGUUGACAUCGAAACAGCGAUAGUUGGGGAUAAAAAUUUGUUUAAUUCCUUCCUCAAGAUUAUAAAAUGAUUAGAAUAUUUAAAAUCAUAAAAUUCUUUGAGCUGAAUGACGAACCUUUCAAUUCUGGAUUUAAUAGCAUUGAUUGUGUACUUCUCCUUUAUCCAUUGCUCACCGUCUCUUAUUCUGUGUUCUGAACCUCUUUUUGAAACUUAUUUGAACUUGUUGUAUGCAUUCUUUCCUCAAUAAAUACAAACAUUCGUAUGCAUGUAUGUAUGCAACCUUCUAAUUGUGGCUCAUAUGUGUGAAUGCUUGUGGUUGAUAAUACAAAAUUACUGCUGAUUGGAAUUUUUUUGGAAUGCUUGGUUUAUUAUGAUACUUCAUAUAUAGCCUACUAAUUUAUACACAUUAUUGCGAUGGACUUGAUUGUUUAUUUGGGCCCCCUGGGAGAGGAGGAUUAGUAGUCCCUGAUUGUACUGAAUCCCUCAUUAUUAUGAAUAUAUCAAGAAAGAAGAACCGUUAUGCCGAUUUUAAUUUGUGAAAAUUGCAUACCUGUUCGGGGACAAGUAGCUUAAUGAUGUAUGCAUCGAGAUCUAUCAGGGGGAUCUCUUGACCAUACAUACUGUUCUUAGCCUACUGAUGUGGCGCAAGGUCCUACUUAAGUUCAACAUGGGCGUACCAUGUUGAACUUAAAUUUCCCAUGUGAAGUUUACGAGCAUAGGACCUUUGAGAUUUCUCAUUGUCUCGUUAGCAUUAAGUGAACGCUACUCACUAGAAUCUGUUGAAAAAACUCUCUAUGUGCGGCAAGGGUGUGUAUCAUGUGAAGAAUCUGUGCAUUCUUACGUACAACCAUAAAUUUUGGGUUGGCGAAUGCAUGAAACUCGGAUAUUAAUGUUGCAGAAUAUAAGGUAGCUGCAGAAUGACAUUGCCCUCUGUGACAGGAAAACCGAAGUACAUUCAUCUUUUCUCAGAGUUCAGAUUUCGAUCAAGAAGGGUAGACUUGCAUUUUGGAGCAACCAGACUAUAUAAAUGUUGGGACAAAAUGCUGGAAUGGAUGUGGGGAGUGUCUGGUGUAGAAGGAUCUUUGUUGGAAAUAGAUUCUAAUUCAUGUGGUUGAAUCCCAAAUAUGAUCCCUGCUUGUUCUUGCGUUGGGGGAUCUUGUGAGAGUUUGUAAUAUAUCAUAUAUUUGACACUCUUUUGCUAAUCUAUGACCGUUGAAUCAAUUUCUGUCCGAUAUUUUUUUUCUCACAUGAGCUUCUGCCACCAUUACAUAAUACCAUAUCUAGUUGCUAAGAUGGUGAUUUCAAAUUCAGAUUUAUGAGAUUGUAAAUCUUGCGGAUGAGCUGCUUCCUCUGCUGCCCCACGGGACCAUCUCUCUUCCAGUUAGUUUCGAUGUAUUUGUGAAAGGAUCGUCUCUGAAGAGAUUUUCGGCGAGCAGCUAUCUGAAUCAAGAUGACUCUAGUUCUAUUGCAAAUGAAGUCUCGGCACGAGAGAAGCUGUUGCGAGACCAGCCCGAGCUAUUGCUGCAGUUUGGGUUGGACUUGCUUCCUGUUCUGAUCCAGGUUUGUUGCUAUAGGUCGACCCAUCUAACCCAAGUUACAUCUUUCACGUUGACUUAUUCUUCAUUCUUUAAACCAGAUUCAUGGAUCCAGUGUGAACUAUCCCGUCCGCCGUAAAUGCCUCUCCGUUAUCGGCAAGCUGAUGUAUUUUAGCACCACUGACAUGAUCCAAUCCCUCCUUGGUGUGACGAAUAUAUCCAGGUACUAGAACUCUGGGUACCUGAGAGAUCUUCACCCUUUUCUUUAAAGGUCCAUUUUUUAGCCAGGAUCUCUGUCGCUGAAUCAAUCUGCUGUUUCCCUUACAGUUUCUUAGCUGGUGUUUUAGCAUGGAAAGAUCCACAGGUUUUGAUUCCGACCCUACAGAUAGUGGAGAUCCUUAUGGAGAAGCUCCCUGAGACGUUCUCCAAGAUGUUUGUCAGGGAAGGGGUUGUACAUGCUGUGGACAAGCUUAUCCUCCCAGAUGCUUCAAACCCAGCAUCUGCACAGGCCGCAGCUGACCCAUCUUCCCGUACUUCUUCGCGUUCUAGGCGUUACCGGCGGCGCAACGGCUGCAAGAACACAGAUGGCAGUGGCUCUGCGGGGUUGGCUAAAUGCCGUGGCUCGCCUCUAGUGGACGUUGAGGUUCCGAAUGGGAACUCAAGCUUUCGGGCGGCUGUCAGCGCACGAGCAAAGACUUUCAGAGACAAAUACUUCCCUGCAGAUUCAGUAGUCACUGAAGCUUGGGAGACCGACGAUCUUCACCAUCUGAGGAAUCUUUGCAUGAAACUGAACGCCAUGGUCGAGGACUCCAGGCCGAAGAACAAGGGGAAGUCUAAAGCUUCUGGGCUCUGUUCUUUUGAUGUGUCUGGGAAUGCAGAGGGGCGCUUGAAUGCAGUCAUAUCCGAGAUGCUGCGUGAACUGGGUAAAGAAGAUGGUGUGUCCACAUUUGAGUUUAUCCGAAGCGGGGUGGUCACAGCCUUGCUGAACUAUUUCUCUUGCGGGACCUUCCCAAAGGAGAAGGUAUCAGAGGCCAGCCUGCCAAAGCUCCGCCAGCAGGUGCUCAGAAAAUUCAAGUCCUUUAUUUCCAUCUCUCUCCCGACCAGCGUUGACCCAGGGAGCAAUGAUGUUCCCGCUCCCAUGACCAUCUUGGUUCAGAAGCUUCAGAGUGCAUUGUCUUCCUUGGAGAGCUUCCCUGUUAUUCUGAGCCAUUCAGGCAGAUCUGGUGGCGGGUGUGGACAAUAUAGUGGACUCAGCGCCUUGUCACAGCCUUGCAAGCUACGGCUAUGUAGAGCAGAAGGGGAGAAAUCUCUGUCUGACUAUUCCUCAAACGUCAUUGUUGUCGACCCAUUGGAGAAUCUGGCAGGCGUCGAAGAGUUUCUCUGGCCCAGGAUCCAGCGAACAGAGCCUGGGCAGAAGCAAUCUUCUUCUGCUGGAGUCAUCAUGCCCGGCUCUGCAAGCUCUGAACCUGGUGUUUCAUCCAUAUCCACUUCUGCGCCAUUGGGGCGGCGUUACUCCAGCGGAUCAGGCAGAAAGGAUUCAAACGGGAAGAAGACAAGCUCGUCAUCCAAAGGGAAGGGUAAAGCUAUUCUGGGUUCAGCAUUGGACGAUGUGAGAGGGCCUCAAACAAGAAGCGCUGCCCGCCGAAGAGCUGUGUCAGAAGCAGAAGAACCAGUGAAACCUUCACCGGCCAAAUCCGUUUCUGAGGUUUGACUUAGAUUGCUUCUUUUGCUCUUUCUUCCAUUAUUUUUUUCUCUGGUUGGGGAUUAUCUUCGUAAACCAUAAAAUUAUGGGCAGAAAGCUACCCAUAAUUUGGAUGAUUAUGCAAAACCUGUUCAUAUAAUUCUUCUAGUAUGAAGAUGCCCGUGCAGACAUGCUUCCACUAAUGACUAGGAAAUUAUAUAGCUUCCUUCUUUUAUAGUUCCAGUUACGUUGAGCACUGUCAUCUACUGUUCCAUCAAGGGAAAUGCGUUCUUGGUGGUCUUGCAGGAUGAGUUUGACGUGCCGUCUGUUGAGAUUGACGACCAUCUGGUGUUUGAUGAUGAAGAUAUUAUGUCAGAAGAUGAAGAUGAAGAGGUAGAUUCUCCACAUCCUAUUUAUGGUAGCUCUUGAUUACAAGUCGGCACUUUCUAUGAUCAUCAGCCAUCUCAAUCUUGAAAAAAUGAAGUGUCAUAUGAUUAUGGGUUUUUUCAUGCUCUCUCUUUUUUUGCCUCCAUUGAUGUGACAAUAUUAGCUUGUCUUAAUUUUAAUAUAUAUAGAUAUAUAUUUUUAUUUUUUUUGGUGAUGGCUUUAGAUGCUGAGGGACAACUUUAUUUACAUUUACUCGCCAAAUGAGGUCCAAGAUGUGAAGCUGAUUGACGAUGUGGAGGAUGGGUCCACUUCCCCUCCAGUCGUCGAUGGUCAGACCCAACCCUCCCCUGGUUCAAGCAAGAGGAUGACCUCGGGCAGAGGCUUUGAGACCCCAGAGUACUCUCUCAGUUCGAAGGCGUCUGCCAUGGCCGGACUCAGCCCCAGCGGCGGCAGAAGCCCCGUGGCCAAUGGCGGUUGUCAGAGCCCCACUGAUACACCCAAGCUAAUAUUCUCCUCCGGUGGGCAGCAACUCAGCCGACACCUGACUGUGUAUCAAGCCAUUCAGAACCAGCUCUUGCUCGAGGCAGAUGACUAUUCAAAACCCACGACCAGCAGCGGAAGCCAGCGGUGGGCCGACGCUUACACUAUAACUUAUCAGAGGGCGGACCUUGCCUCCGCAGAAGCCCUGAGAGAUUCCUCUGCUGCCGUUGGCGAUUCUCGGUCUCUGCCGCCGCCGGUGUCUCUCCUCGACAGCAUGCUGCAGGGGGAGCUUCCAUGCGAUCUGGAGAAGUCCAAUGUCACCUACGGCGUCUUGGCCUUGCUGCGUGUGUUGGAGGGGCUGAACCGGCUGGCUCCCCGCCUGAGAGCUCAGGCCGCAGCCGAGGACUUUGCAGAGGGGAAGAUCUCAGAGUUCAGCAUCUGCGCAGGCGGCACGAGGGUUCCUCCAGAGGAGUUCAUCAACAACAAGCUGGCCCCCAAGCUGUCCCGGCAGACCCAGGAAGCAGUCGCCCUGCUUAGCGGCGUGCUCCCGCCAUGGUGCCGCCAGCUGACUGUGGCCUGCCCCUUCCUGUUCCCUUUCGAGGUCCGUCGGCAGUACUUCUACUCGACAGCUUUGGGGCCAGCACGGGCACUGCGGCGGCUCCAGCAGCAGCGCAGCGCCGAUGGCCACAGCUCGGCAGGCGAGAGGGACUUGGUGGCGGUAGACAGGCUGCAGCGGCAGAAGGUGCGGGUCUCAAGGGCUCGCAUAUUGGAGUCCGCUGCCAAGGUCUUGGGGAUGUACUCCGGCCAGAAGACUGUUCUCGAUGUGGAGUUCUUGGGCGAAGUCGGCACGGGGCUCGGCCCUACGCUCGAGUACUACACCCUCUUGAGCCGCGAGUUUCACAGUGUUGAACUGGGGAUGUGGAGGCACAGUUCUUUCUCAGGGAGGUCGUCUUCGAUGCAGAUUCAUGGAGAUUCCACAGAGGAGGAGAAGAAGCCCGGAUCAGAGCCGGCUGUUGACCUUGUGGGCACCCCUCUGGGUUUAUUUCCACGCCCAUGGCCUCCCAGUGCUGAUGAAAGCUCAGAUCCUGCGGGUGUGAUCCCCAAGGUGGCCGAGUUCUUCUGUCUUCUGGGUCGAUUCGUGGCGAAGGCUAUCCAGGACGGGAGGCUCUUGGACCUCCCCCUCUCGACGGCGUUCUACAAGCUCGUACUCGGACAGGUGAACUCACCAAUCCAUCGUAAUCUAGCUAUCCAGUGGGCUUUCUUUUCAAUUUCUGCAGCAUAAUAACGUAGUGGGCGUUCUUUGUUAGGAGCUUGAUGCGCACGACAUCCUGUCGUUCGAUCCCGAAUUCGGGAUGAUUUUGCUGGAGAUGCAAGCCCUGGUUCGCCGAAAACAGUGGGCCGAGGCCGGGCGGCGCGCCGCCAUUGCCGCCGCCGCCGACCUUCGUUUCCGGGGGACCCCCAUUGAAGACUUGUGUCUCGACUUCACGCUCCCUGGGUACCCGCGCUAUGCUCUUGGAAGAGACCGAGAUGAAUUGGUAUCAACUUUCCGAUUUUUUAUGGGGCGACUGGUUUCCAUUGAUUCGAUCUUGAUGUUGAUCAGCUGUUCUUCUUCCUCCGCCAUUUUUCCGCAGGUCGACAUUCACAGCUUGGAAGAGUACGUGGACAUGGUGGUCGAGGCAACGGUGGGGAACGGGAUCCGGCGGCAGAUGGAAGCGUUCAGAGACGGGUUCAACCUGGUAAGCGGCGGAGGAGCUCUGCUCUCCCUGAAUUCAUGGCGGUGGAUGAACUCUGCGGUCUCUGAUUGAUCUCCGCUUCGUUUCCUGAAAUGGCAACUCGCCGCCCUCCGCCGUGCAGGUCUUCCACAUCUCCUCCCUGCGUAUCUUCUCCCCCGAGGAGCUGGACUACUUGAUCUGCGGCCGCCGGGAGCUAUGGCAGGUGAGAAUCUCUUCUUCUUCCUCUUCCUCCUCUUCCUCCUCUACUUUGUUUCUGGUUCAUGGGAGAUCAGUCGCUGACACCACUGCCGCCACCGCCGCCGCCGCCGGUCCUUGCAGGCUCAGACGCUCGCCGAGCACAUAAAAUUCGACCAUGGGUUCACCGCCAAGAGCCCCGCGAUCAUCAACGUGGGUGGCCUUCCUCCCUCCCUUCUUCCAAGUUUCCGCCCGCCAGCAAUUUUCUUCUUCUUCUUAUUCUGGGUUCGUCGUCUUCUUCCUCGCAGCUUCUGGAGAUCAUGGGGGAGUUCACCCCGGAGCAGCAGCGGGCCUUCUGCCAGUUCGUGACCGGCGCCCCGCGGCUGCCCCCCGGUGGCCUCGCAGCCCUGAGCCCGAAGCUGACGGUGGUGAGGAAGGUAAGCCAUCCGGCGCCGCCGCCGCUCCUCCGCCGCCACCUCCUUCCCUUCCUCCUGUUUUCUGCGACCGGCUGCUCAACCUGUUUCUGUCCCUGCUGAAGCAUUCCUCCACCGGAGCGGCUGACGCGACGGCGGCUGCGGACGCCGCCGCUGACGACGUCCUCCCAAGCGUGAUGACCUGCGCGAAUUACCUCAAGCUCCCUGCGUACUCCACGAAGGUGCUUGUUUCUCUCUCUAGAACUUGACUUCUCCUCCGGCCGGCGGCGAUCUCUGAUCUGGUUUCUCUUCUUUUGCUUGGCACAGGAAAUCAUGUACAAGAAACUGAUCUAUGCGAUCAGCGAAGGACAGGGCUCGUUCGAUCUGUCGUGA